GGUCGGAAGCUAAACGCUACGAGCAAUUAUAGCAUACAUUUGGGAAUACCUGCUCCUCAAACGAACAUUAUGUAUGGUAAACAUACUGUUUUUUAGCGGGGGAAAAAGUAGUCGUUGCAUACGUUGAACGCAUCAAGCAUAAACAUGAAAGUGGACGAGUACAUCAAGCGGAUUGCGUCCGUUGAAGGGACGAGGCUUUUAUUUCAAGAACUAGAGAAAUAUAUCAAGAGUCAGCCCGGACUCCAGGGGCGAACAGUGUGUGACAGGGUGAUCAGAGCCUGUAACCAUCAAUUUGAAAAAGGAUCUCUGGACUUUGAUCAUAUCAGUCAGUUGGUAAAACUUGUUGAGCUUUCUCUUCAUGGCUAUGAGAUAUCUGCUGAAUUUGUGCCACAGACCAGUCCGUUGUACAUUGAAAAGAUCAUUUUCCAUAUUGUCAAAAAACUGCGAUCCCUGGAGGUCCCUAUGCUAUGCACCCACGUAGUUGGGCUGCUUUACAACAGGCUUUCCACAAGACAAGAGGCUCAAGAUGAUUACUGUCGUGUUGUGCGAGGCUGCUUCUCUGUGCUUUGGAAUGAGUCAUCGGAUGCCGAAGAGAAGAAAAUCCUGAGUCAUCGGGACAAACUAUCCUAUCAGAUGCAAGCUUUAAACUUCCUCUUGUUGUUGGACAUGGAAAAUGCAAGUCCUUCAUUCUCCAAAACUCCUGUAUUCACAGAGGAUUUCAUGAAUGAGUUCGAAAGUAGGUGUGGAGUCGUGACAAAAGAAGAUGCUCUUUUCCUCCUUCAAGAAAUGGACACACUUUUCAGCAGAGCUUUCACUCAUGACAAGGGCUCUGAACAAAAGAACUUAAAGCAGGAUGGAGAGGGAUCGAGUUUUUAUGUUUUUUCUAAAAUGUUGCCGCUCACAAUGAAAAUACUUUGUAAAUCCAGUCAUCACAAUCUGGCUUCCAAAUUCUUGAAGAAAAUAGAGGGCAAGGUUUCAGGCUUGGUUGACUACCAGCCUACAGCACUUGUGCUUAGUAAAUGGGGAGUGAACAUUCAUUCUGACAUGCAGGCCAGCAAACAGAGUGGCCAGGCUUUGACUGAGUGUGCCAGGGCCUUGCGGUCUCUCCCAGAUGACCUGAGCAGCAGAGAUGGCCACGCAGUUCUGUACGGUUGUGCUUUUGUGGUAUGGGCUGUUGAAAGUGAGUCCAACAAGGUAUUAAGCGGACCAGUGCUUCUGUCUCUGUUUUCUUUUCUUGAGGAGUACCAAGAGCGGAUAAUGAGGAUGCUAAACAAGGUUGAAGGCAGCAGACUGCAACAGGCCCUUUGCUUGAGCAUCUGUGAAGGCUUGGUGUUUUCAAAAGAGAGCAUGCUUGCAUCGCAGUUAGAGAACAGCGACACGCUGAACCGAGUGGUGCUGUACUGCCAGGCCACAGCUGGGGUGUUGAUGACGGAGCUUCGCAAGUGUGCCAAUGAGAACCUCUUCAUCAAAGCAGUGGUUGCUGUGAGCCACCUUGCUUGCGGGCUGUACAACCGAGGCCUCUAUGACCAGGCCUUCAAGCUGAUCGAGAUCCUCUGCAGGGAUCUAGGGAAGAACUGCCCCGUCUCACUGCCUGUUGAUAGAUUGAAUCGACCAUUCAUGCUGGCUGUGCUUACAUCACGGCGGGCUGGAGAAUUGGAGCGAGCGCUGCAAUGGGUGAUCCUGUGGCUGAAGGCUCUUGGGGACAACAUCACUACUCACAUGGCUGAGCCAGUCACUCUUUGGGUGAAAACAAAAAUGGAUGCCUGCAACUCUGAGGUUUUAAAACUCAGGACUUUACGUGAUGGCUUUGGUCCAGAUGUCCCAGAUGAGCGAGUAAUGCUUUGCCUUUUGGAGGAGGAGUUGCGUGUCUAUAAGGAAUUGCCAAAAGACACAGCCCAAGAACGUUACAACACACUGUGUGAUCUCUUAGAAAUCUGCCAUGAGGAGAGUCCUCUGACUCAUCUACGUGCUGUCUACCUCUGUGAAAUGGCACAAGUUGUGUGCUUCCAGGACUUCAGUGAGCAGACUGACUGUUCGGCGGUUGAUUUCACCCAUGAAGCUUUGCGGCUUCUUAAAGAAGAACCAGAGACUCCAGAGAACACAGACAGACUCCAGGAUGACAAAGCUCAUGCCUUGCUUUGGGAUUAUAUCUGCAGUCUGGAAAAGAAGCUACAGGAGGCAAUUGAGUGUAAUAGAAAACGGGGAGAGUUGCGUGAACAGAUGCUGUGUGUAGGUAAUCCCCCUAGCAAUAACGAUUUGGAUUACGAAGACAAGAAGAAAACGUGUGACUACACUCUGGUUUAUGAAGGCCUCAAAUUCAACCUGGCUACAGACAACGAGUUCUGUCAGCCACUGGAAAGAGCUCUGGAUGUGUGGUCUGCUCUUUUUAAGAGCCGAGCCCUGCCCUCUGUCAGGAACACCAGACAAACCUGCAGAUCCAUUGCUGUGGCUGCUGCACUCUUUAGACUCAUGGGAAAGUCUUUGAAGGCAUUGGAAACUUACCAACUUGGAAUUGGAUUUUCCCGUGAACUUGCUGACGCUCGGAGUUGUGCGAGCUUUCUCUGUCAGUCAGCCAGCAUCCUCCUGGAUAUGGGCAGCCCUGAGUUGGCUCUGGCCCAGUUGGAUGAAGCUGAAAAAGUUCUAACUUCGGAUUCUGCAGAUGAAGGACCUUCUUCCCUCUCCACCCUGGUUGUUUUAUUGAAGGCUCAGUAUUUCUACAGUGUUGGACAGAUUGACUAUGGAGUACCGUAUCUGUGUGAGGUGCUUAAAAUAGUCAAUGAGCCAAAACAGUCAAAGACCUGGUACCUGUUGCAUGCACGUGCUCUCCAGACUUGCAGCGCUUACCUGAGUUUGGACACAGCUCAACUGCCCCAAAGCCAACGCAGCCUUAUCACCCAGCACGGUACAAGCACCCCUGAUGCUGCCCUUUAUGAAAGUUUGAAACUCCUCCAAAGCCUGCUAGUCACUUUAGUGGGAAGGGGCCUUUGUGGGAAUGAUGAUAGCAAUUCAGAUGUGCACUUCGUUAACCAAGGAGACAACCUGGUGCUAAAGUGGCAGCUGCUGUCAGAGCUGUUGACCUGCUCUAUGAAGAUGGUGGCUGUGCGAAGCAGCUGCGGUGCUGUAAAUGAUGCCAAACUCCAAUGCUUGGAUGCCCUGAAACUGGCCGUCAAGCUACAAGCACUUACGCAAUGUGCCGAGUUGUUGGUGAUCAAAGCAGAGUUGGAGCUGAUGCAGGGGGAGAGUGCGAAAAGUAGAGCUGAUUUAGAUGCUGUCAAAAACCUUCUGGAGUGCAGCUCAGAUUUUUCUGAUCAGGUUCAGAGAGCAGAUGUGAAGAUCAAACCAAGGAAAGGUCGUCCAGCUCGGAAACCUCAGUCUCCACUUCCGACAGUGGAAGAUGAUCAGAAGUACAUUCUGAACACAAGGUGGCCUGACAAAGUCCCUGUAAUGGAGAAUCUGUCCAGCUCCCCACCUUUCAAAGCUGUGCCUAACCGCUGGCUCCCAUCCUUGACACAUGAGGCGCAUUGUUGGUGCCCCUGCUGCUCUGAGCCCUCUUUGAGCCAUGCCACUGCUCGCUGGGCAGUUACACAGGCUGAUCUGGUUCUUCAGCUCGAUCCCAGUGAUACUAGUACUGGUUUUAAACUUUACGGGACAACUCUCAGCCGCUGUAAAAGUGUUACCAUGCGACUUAAGGAAGAAUUGUCUAAGCUCUUCCCUCCCUGCGGUCCUGCCAAAGGCGUUUCUAAACCCGCACUGAUGCAAGAUGUGAUGAGCCGCGUUUACCUGAGCAUGGCCCUGAAUCGGCUGGACAUGAGGCCUAACAAGGGCUAUAGUAUUUGGAGAAUACUGGAAGCUGGCUUAGCAUUUGUGGAUUCCACACGUGCACCUGCCAUAAGGCCUGUAAAAGCAGGCCUACUGGCAACCAAAGCCAUUGCAUCACUGAUGAUCUUGGCUGCCAAAAAAGGUUGCAGUCCAGAGGAACUCUGUUCAAAUGUCUGGACAUGGCAUCCACCUGAAGAUGAUAAAGAGGGCAAAACAGAGCAGAAAUUAGCCCCCCCCUCAUCCAUUGUUGGAAAGACAAAAGACUUGAUUAAAAAGCCUGAUACAACUGACGGAAAAAAGGAGACAAAGAAAGUCAAGGCUGUCAAACCCAAGAUUCGAGUGACUAGUUCUUCAACCAAGGAAAAGGCUCUGGGUCUCAGGACACCUGUACAGGCAAAGUCUAAAUCCUUGAAAGAUCUUAAACCCUUUGACUUCAACACAGUGGUGCCAACUUUAGCUUGCACUCCUGUUCAGAAGGUGAAAUGCCCCUCUUCAGUCCAGAAAACAUCAAGGACCGGCACUAAGCUGCAGUUUCAUGUGUACGAGGAGUUGUCACCGGUUCAAGACACACCCCUGCCUGUGCCUGCCGCGCCCAAAAGGACGAAGAAGUCGCUUUUUAUGGUGGAAUUUAGUGACGAAAGUGACUCGGAGGCUAAAACCCAAGCGGAGGUCCAAGUAAAGGCAGAAGUCCCAAAAAAACUAACUAGUAGAAGAGCUGGCACCCGUGCUAAAACAGCCCCGGAUCCAGCUGUGGACAAGAUGCCAGUUAAGAGGCAGGCCAAGGGGAAAAAGACCACUGCCGUUCCUCGACGUAUUUCUUCUGAGGAUGAUGACUACUUGAUCUGCAAGCCCGCUUCCACACGAAGUGGAAGAAGCAGAAGAUUGGCACCUAAACUGGAGGAAUCGGAGGAGGAGCCAGACAUAAUGAGGACCAUUGAGGAGGAAGCUAUGGAAGUUCUACACAUCAGCUUUGAAAAGCUAAGGACAUCAGACACUGAGGCUGAAGAUGAUUCAGCUUCAAGUAAAGAUAACAACGUAGAUCUGGAGGUGGUGCGGAGGGAUAUGCGUGACUUGGAGCAAGAUGAGCUGCUUGAACUGAGGAGCGGAGGUCAUCUAAGAGAGGAUCUGCAAAUCGAUGUGGCUCAGGCAGACAGCAGGCCAGAUGAUGUCUCACUGGAAGAUGUACAAUCAUUGCUCCGUUCAGCCUGGCUGGCACUUCAGCACUUUCCCUGUCCUGUUAUAUAUCCGACCAUCUGUGCUCUUCUGGCCUCGAGUAUGGCACAAGACCCCAUAACUACAGCAAUGCUACAUAGCCAGUCCUUAGGAGUCACAAGUCGCCAUCGCACAAUCCGGCAUCUGUCCAAUCCUCUCCAAAGACUGAAAAAGAAAACCAACGACAUAGCAGAGAAGAUGGAUUCUCUGAGUUUGAAUGAGGUCCCCCAGACUGUGUCCACAACCUCUACUGAACAGAGGGUUUCUCGGAUGGAGGACCUCUUCUCAUUCUCCACUGCUGACCCCUCAUCUUUCCCUCAGAGCCACUGCCAUGAAUUUACCCAACAAAUUCAACACCUUCCUCCAGGAGUGACUGUGUGUUUGAUGACUGUGCUUGGAGUUAGACCAGGGCAGAUGGGGGACAGUAUCCUAUUAUCACGUCUUGGGAAGGAUUCUGCACCUGUCACUCUUCAUAUCUCAACAUCUAAGCAACAGCACAAUGUUAGUUGGCUGGUGCAAGAGAUGGACAGCAUUCUGGUGGAGCAAAAGGUUGUGAGUUGUGUGGCUGAAAAAGCGAAGUGGUGGGACGGUCGGCAUGCUCUCAACUCUCGACUAGAGCAACUGUUGAAGGAAAUGGAGGGAUUGCUUGGAUGCUGGAAGAGCCUUCUUCUCCCACUUUCAUCGGAUCCUGAGCUCUCCAAACAGGCCGAUCACCUUUGGAAGGCUUUGUCUGCAAGAGGAGUUGCAGUCAGUGAGGAGAUGCUGAAGGCGGUGCUGUCUGCGUCAUCUCUGCUGUCGGAAGAAGAUCUCAGAAGAUUUGCACUAGGAUUUUCUCCACAGUGGGACAUGGAGUGUGAUCAUCUUCUUCAUAAAGCAAUGUCUAAGCUCUCGGAGAGAGAUGAACCCCGAACUCAUGUGGUUCUAAUCUUAGACAAGUACCUUCAAAAGCUGCCAUGGGAGAGCAUGUCCUUUUUAAAGCCUUGCUCUGUGAGUCGAAUGCCUUCUUUGCAUUCACUGCUUGGACUCCAUGUUCAGAGAGAGAUGGAUUCUCAGUCCAUCCUGACUCGUGGUGUAAAUGCAAAGAAGGUGUUUUAUGUCCUGGACCCUGAUGGCAAUUUAACAAACGCCCGGGAUCGAUUCAAAGACUGGUUUUGCAGCCAACCAGACUGGGAAGGUGUGUGUGGUGUCGCUCCUGAUGCGGGUAAACUAAAAGAAGCUGUAGCAACCAAGGAUUUAUAUAUCUACGUGGGCCACGGUGCCGGUGCCAAGUUCCUGAACAGCCAGUCGGUCCUCAAGCAGCAGAUGAAGGCGGCCUCUCUGCUGUUCGGCUGCAGCAGUGCUGCUCUGGUUGUGAGAGGCAGUCAGGAGGGAGAAGGCAUACUUUUGAACUACCUCAUAGCAGGAUGCCCGUUCAUUUUGGGCAACUUGUGGGACGUGACGGAUCGGGAUAUUGAUCGCUUCACUAAAGCCCUGCUCGAGUCUUGGUUUUCAGCUGGGUCUGGAGCGCCUCUCCUGGAGCACAUGAGUUCAUCACGUGAGGCCACAAACCUGAAAUACCUCAUCGGAGCAGCCCCUGUGGUCUACGGCCUCCCCAUUCAGCUGCAGUGAGACUGUGUCUGAACCUCCUAACCAGCAAGCGUUGCAUUUUAAUUUUAUUGAUUCAGCACACAAACUUGAUGUGGAUGUUGCUUAAUUGCUUAGCUUAGUUGCUUAAUUUUUAGGCUUGUUCAACUUAAAUACUGCUUAAUCUUUCAUUAAAACCAAUAUUUAAUGUUUUAUAUUGUUUAAAGUGGUUAUAAUUUUUUGAAGUGUUGAUAUGCCCUUUUAAAUAAAUGAG